GUAUUCGAUUCUUUGUUCGAUAUCGUUGAAAUCGAGUAGGCAUCGACAAAAGUUCCAGCUCUAAUUCGCACGGAAUUUGUUUGUCAUUCAAGAAGAAAAUUUGUAAUUCACCGCAUUUUCCCCCUUCAAGCGCGAAAUCCACAAAAGUAGAGCCAAGAUGUACCAGCCAUCCCUGAAAGUCCAGCCCGCCGAGGUGUCCGUUCUGAACGCCACCGGCCGUGUGGGAAUGCCCACGGAGGCCAACUGCCUGAACCAACUGGCCCACGUCCACCGGCUGCGCGACUCGGAGCUGAACUACAACGAGCACCAGUACAACCUCAACAUGCAGAUGCUGCGCAACCGCGAGGGCCUCGGCGUGCCCCUCAAGAUGGGAAUGGAGCGCUUCGCCGCUCGCCAGGUGGGCCGCCUGCCUUUCCUUUCGUCCAGCAACUUCAUGGACGAUGUCCUGACUGGCCGCUGUGAUUCCAUUGGCUUCGAGGACUUCAUGAACUUGCCCGAGUACAGCGAGCAAAUGCGUCAGCCACACGCUGUGGCGGAGAAAUCUCUGGGAAUUCACCUAUAAAUCCCUGCAUAUAUAGUUGCUUAAAUGCCUGGCAUUCAACCUUUACAGUCUAAGACAUUAAAUUCAGCAAAUAAAAUAUAUUUUGGUGCGCCUAGCUGAAGGUAGUCAAGAUUCACCAUUUAUUUGAGCCAAGUUUA